AUGAAUCGCACGUUUUUAUUACGCAGUAGUCUGCGCAGGCUACCGGUACAGCCUCAACAUCGCCGAGCUUUGCACAGCUUUGAAAAAGUCGACGAGGCGCGAGCACACUGCCACAAGCAGCUCGAACUACAUGAUUAUGACGCACAUCUUAUCCGCCGCCUCAUCCCGCGGCAGGCGCAAGACGUCUACGUUGCCCUCCGAGCCCUGAACCUCGAACUCGCCCGCAUCCCCGAAGCCGUAUCGAAUCCAACUCUAGGAGCUAUGCGCAUAAAGUUUUGGAAGGACGCUAUAAACAACACAUUUUCCGGCCGCGGUACUCGCGAACCCAUAUCCACGUUGCUAGGCAGCACGGCGCAACAGCUUGAAGAGACUACUGGCCGUCAAACACGCCAGACUGUUAAAUUCUGGACAUCGCGGCUCAUUCAAACCAGAGAAAAGCACCUCGAUAAUCCUCCAUUCACAAAUAUGGCCAGCCUCGAAGACUACGCCGAAAAUAUAUAUUCUACAAUGAUGUAUGCCACGCUGGCUGCUAUCCCUAUUCGAUCGAUAGACAUGGACCAUCUUGCCAGUCAUAUUGGUAAGGCAGCAGGUAUCGCUGCAGUGCUGAGAUCGAUACCACAGCUUGUUGCUCCACAGAUUAAACGCAGUCCAAAUGCUGGCGCAGUAUCAUCAGUUACAAAAGAGCCAACGCUACUACUACCAUUGGACGUCAUGGCCGAACACGGCGUUAAGGAAGAGGACGUCUUUAGACACGGUCCCCAAGCUGAGGGCUUAUCUGAGGCCAUAUUCACUGUUGCGACCCGAGCGAAUGAUCAUUUAAUUACGGCACGAGAAAUGAUGAAAAGACUGCGGGCCGGCCAAGGCGCUGGACACGACUUUGAGCACCAGCACGAUACCGAACACAUGGACGAUAUCUCAACCGGCAAUGUCAAUUCUGAUAUCGAAGCAUCGUUCGGCGUCUUAAUUGAGGCUGUCCCCGUCAAUCACUUCUUGGACAACCUUCAAGCGGCCGACUUUGACCCUUUUGCCGUCAAGCCGCCUGGCUGGAAGGGACCAUGGAGGCUCUGGAAGGCCACCUCGAGCAAGAAUUUCUAA